AUUCAGUGUAUUGCAAACGCCGCAGCUACCAAAACCAUUAUUCUUCAUUGCUUGUAUGUGGGAAAACUAAGCCUCUGAGAGAAGUCACGAUUGCCUUCACCAUGGAGCAGCUGAGCAUGGCAAACACCAAGUUUGCAGUGGACCUUUUCCACACCCUGAAUGAGGACAAUCCUACUGAAAACAUCUUCAUCUCUCCCAUAAGCAUUUCAUCAGCUCUGGCCAUGAUCUUUCUGGGGACCAGAGGCACUACUGCGGCACAGAUGUCCAAGACUCUUCAUUUUGAUGCAGUUGAGGAUAUUCAUUCAAGAUUUCAGAGUCUGAAUGCUGAUAUCAACAAGCAUGGAGCUCCCUAUAUUCUGAAACUUGCUAAUAGGUUAUAUGGAGAGAAAACCUAUAAUUUCCUCCCUGAGUUCUUAGCUUCAACUCAGAAAAUAUAUGGUGCUGAAUUGGCCAGUGUGGAUUUUCAGCAUGCCUCAGAAGAUUCAAGAAAGAUGAUAAAUGAGUGGGUCAAAGGGCAGACAGAAGGGAAAAUUCCAGAAUUGUUGGCUGCAGGCGUGGUUGAUAAUAUGACUAAACUUGUGCUAGUUAAUGCCAUCUAUUUCAAAGGAAGCUGGCAGAAGAAAUUCAGUGAAAACGCCACAACUGAUGCACCUUUCAGAUUGAAUAGGAAAGACACAAAAACAGUGAAAAUGAUGUACCAGAAGGAGAAAUUUCCAUAUGGCUACAUCGAGGACCUUAAGUGUCGUGUGUUAGAAGUGCCUUACCAAGGCAAGGAGCUCAGCAUGCUUAUCCUGCUGCCAGAUGACAUCGAGGACGAGUCCACAGGUCUGAAGAAGGUUGAGGAACAACUGACUUUGGAAAAACUGCGUGAAUGGACCAAACCUGAGAAUCUGUAUCCCACUGAAGUCAAUGUUCACUUGCCAAAGUUCAAGCUGGAAGAGAGCUACAACCUCAACUCACACCUAGCCCGCCUGGGUGUAGAGGAUCUCUUUAAUAGCAAGGCUGAUCUGUCUGGCAUGUCAGGAACCAGGGAUCUUUCUGUAUCAAAAAUUAUCCACAAGUCUUUUGUGGAAGUGAAUGAAGAGGGCACAGAGGCAGCAGCCGCCACAGCAGGCAUCGUUGCCUUCUGCAUGCUUCCGAUAGAGGAGAAUUUUGUGGCUGACCAUCCAUUCAUUUUCUUCAUUCGACACAAUCCCUCAACUAACAUCCUGUUCUUAGGCAGAUUUUCUUCCCCUUAGAGACUGGAGAUACAAGGCUAAGCUCAGAGCUUUAUUACCUGCACUUUCAAUGGUAAUAGUUUCCAUGUAUCUUUAGCAAUAAAACUACCAUCCCAAAACAGAUCUUUAAUUUCCUUUAUAAGGUCAGCUCUGUGAUGUCACUGCAUUCUGUAAUUCAGCUCUGUUGGCUGUGUACACCCAUUAACUUUGGUAUGGGUUUCUAUUUCCCUUUUUUAAUAUUGAAAAUUUUCUGUGAUUGCUUUUGAUGCAUCAAUCAGAUGUGCAGAAUCUUGACAGUAUAGUAAUCUAUGAAGUUGCUAUACUUUCUUGAUAGCCAUGGGAAAAAUUAUAAUACUGUAAUGUAUUUCACAGAUAGACUUCUCAAAGUCGUAAGAGAGACACUCUGAUUGUCAAAGGGAGGCUUAAAAACAGAUAUUCAAUUGAAAUAUAGGAGAAUAGCCCAAUUAAGGGUUGGGUUAUGAAGACAAAUUUGCCUUGGUCAAUGUUUAUGACCCUUCAUUCUAUAGGAUUAGUAUUUUAUUACAGCCCUCCAGCUUUUAAACUAUUAAAGAUCCACCUGGUGAUAA